GAUUGUUUUUUUCUCUCUGUCUGUCUGUGUCCUAUUUUCAGAUUUUGAAUUGCUGUGUCUAGCUAUUAUUCUCCCAUGAUCGAUCCAUGUCUUGCAGCUUGUGCAGUUGAAGGAUAAAAUACUAGUGACCUCCAGACCAUUUCUGAAGCUAGCCAGAAGGUUUUAGUGUACUGUGAAAGAACUGGGAUUUGCAAUGGCUGGUUCAGAAGUCAUCACCCUACAAGUUGGCCACUAUGCAAACUUCGUCGGAGCACAUUGGUGGAAUAUGCAAGAGGGUAGUUUUGGCCGCAGACAGCCAGGAUUUGAGAAGGAGAUAAACCAUGAUCGGUUCUUUCACACUGGUUGCACAUCGAAGGGUGAAGAGACGUACACACCACGCAUGGUCUUCAUGGACUUGAAAGGUAGCCUACGGCACCUACGCCGUGACGGCACGCUGUAUGAGUCAGGUGACACGGAUGUUGCACAAGUCGCAAGUGUGUGGCAGGGCAGCGUAAAUCAAGAAGUGACCAGUGCCUCUGCCAAGAACCAGUUCUUAUCUGAUCUGGAUGCGGCUGAUGCAGCUUACAUGCAGCAACAGACCGGAGUGGCAUCCGCUGGUAUACCAAGUGCCACAACGCCUGCUUCUACAACCGCUACAGCCGCAGCCGCAGUAGCACAGCAAUCAGACGUUCCCAUGCCCGACCGGUACUAUGAUUUGGACGACACGGUGGAAGUAUGGUCCGACUACUUGCGGCCUCACCUCCACCCGAGGAGCGCUUGUGCGAUCAACCGCUUUACACAUUGCAGCGAUAGCGAUCCGUUUGACGUCUAUUCGAUGGGUCUUGACGUCAUGCAAGAUAUCUCGAUGGCCGAUCAGUUUGAAGAUCAAGUGCGAUUCUUUGCUGAGGCGUGCGACCGCUUGCAGGGUUACCAACUCUUGACUGACAUCCAUAACGGAUUUGGCGGUGUGUCCAGUGAAGUGGUGGACUUCCUUCGCGACGAGUAUGAAAAGAAGUCCAUCUUCACCGUGGCGACAAUGCCGCCGUGUUUUGAGCAGACUGAUGGCCAACACGUCGCCACCCGCUCGCUGAGCGCAGCCUUUUCUUUCCAGCACCUGUCGGAGGCCAGCUCUAUGCUACUGCCGCUCAGCACCAGCACGGCUGGACUGUGGCCAUCGUUGUCGGCGGGGCAGACUGUCCAGUCGGCACACAUCAACUACAGGUCUGACUUGUCGUAUCACACAUCCGCAUUGCUGGCUGCAACACUGGACACAGUCACGUUGCCAUACCGACUGAAAGCGUCUAGUACCUCAAUACAUCAGGUGGCGGACCUGCUGACUCCAUUGGGCAGAAAGGUUGUCAGUGCAUAUACUGCGCUGCCGUUCCCAUUCAGAGCCGGUAGCAAGCUCGUGGACUGCUUUGCUGAGCUGCCCGCACUUCACAGUGACUCUCUGUCGAUGUCCAUGACUCCGCUGACACACGAUGACGAGCUGGCCUAUGCUCAGCAUGCAGUGCUGUGUGGAAUUCCUCCGGAGCUAGCCAAGCAGACUGACGAGGGUGAUCUGAAGCCGGAUGAUGCGUUCAGAACAUACCUGGGAGGUUCUCCUUCAGCUAUGAUCAACUCAUCGUGUUAUGUGAAGGAAGCAAGUGUGGUGUCAGCACCUUUCCCUAACAUCUUCAAGCCAAGUGUGACCGUGCGCGGCUUCGUGGAAACGGAAGAGGCUUACUUGCGACCUCCAGGAUACGCUGUACACACUCUGCCAGUCAUGGCAGCCCUGCAAUCGCGCAACUCCAGCAGCCGUCUUGUCGAGCACAUUGUGCAGAGUGCCGAAGAAGCCCAGCCACAGCGGCAGUUCGCCUUCUAUCAGUCCUCCUUGAGCACGGAUUCAUGGAGCGAGACCAGGGAGAGCCUGCGUCAGCUGUCCGAUAACUACUUGAGUGAGUGAGGUACAGAUGUGCGAGAGCAAGUUGGAGCGCGCUAGGACUCUCCAUUGCCCACAAACUCCUUGCAGCUGUUGUCCAGAUAGGCUAGCUGCGCGGUGUAUGUUCAGACGGUAGUACGUAAUAUUUCUCUGGCAUGGCAUCACUAAGACUAGAAGUAAUGGUUCCUUUUAUUAUUGAUAGCUGGAGCAGUCCUUUCUCUGUCUUGUGCCAAUACUGCAAUAGUGAUUCAUGUAUCAAGGCCUGAGCUACACUGUAGGCUGUAGUCUUCCCUGUCUCUCUUGUGGUUUUCUAUUCAUGAGGGCGAUCUACAAAGUGGCGUCAUAACUAUUUCCAACUGGCCGUUCAUGUAUUACAUGCAUAUACUUCUUAGCUGUGUGUUGUUGCUUGUUGCUGUGCAUGGUCAUACAUUUGUAUUGCAUAGUAUCAUGGCUAGCUUUCGUGCCGUACAACAGCGCGUGUGCGGUGGCUACGCCUCUGCUGUUUUGCCAGCUGACAGUGCUGCAUAAAUUACUUCAUCUUUGCCUUUUGUCUUCGGUUCUGUACCGACAUGGAAUGUUUUCGGUUUUAGUAGUUCCUUGGUUCGCGUUGUGUAGCUAGCUAGGCUGCUCUUUCAGGUGUAAUUGUAUUUGGAGUGAAAAGAUAAGAUAACGUGU